AUUGGUUUGUGGGGGGGCAUUUUUUGUUUCUACAUUGUUAUUGUUCAUCAAUAUGGUUGAGAUUUUAAUUUUCUGAGCAAUAUAUAUCUUAUGUUUUGAUGGGGAAUACAUGCUCCGGACCCACUUUGAACAAAGAUUCAGCAGAUUCAUCAAAGACAGAUGGAAAAGGCUCUGAUUCUAAUAAUGUCCAGAACACCCCUCCUCCACAUCUUCAGAUACCUGGAGAUCAGGAUGAAAAAUCAACAAAUUCCCAAAACAGUGACGACAUUGUUGUGGAAGAUGUCAAAAGAAAUAAGUCUAGUAAUCUUAAGCGAGUAAUGAGUGCAGGCCUCCAAGUUGAUACUGUUUUAGGACGAAAAACCGGAAAUUUGAAAGAUAUUUAUACUUUAGGAAGGAAAUUAGGACAAGGCCAAUUUGGGACAACCUUUUUGUGUGUCGACAAAGCUCAACAAAAAGAAUUUGCAUGUAAAUCAAUUGCUAAAAGAAAGUUGACAACUGAAGAAGAUGUCGAGGAUGUACGGAGGGAAAUUCAGAUAAUGCAUCACUUGGCAGGCCACCCUAGUGUUGUACAGAUUGUUGGGGCUUAUGAGGAUGCAGUUGCUGUUCAUGUUGUAAUGGAGCUUUGUGCUGGUGGUGAACUUUUCGAUAGGAUUAUAAAGAGAGGCCAUUAUUCUGAGAAGAAGGCUGCUGAACUUGCAAGAGUAAUAGUAGGUGUUGUAGAAGCAUGUCAUUCACUCGGUGUUAUGCAUAGGGACCUCAAACCUGAGAACUUCCUUUUUGUCAAUGAGAAAGAGGAGUCCUCAUUGAAGACCAUCGACUUUGGCUUAUCUGUCUUCUUUAGACCAGGUGAAACAUUCACCGAUGUGGUUGGAAGCCCUUACUAUGUAGCACCAGAAGUCCUGCGCAAGCGUUAUGGUCCAGAAUGUGAUAUUUGGAGUGCUGGAGUAAUAAUUUAUAUACUUCUUAGCGGUGUGCCUCCAUUUUGGGAUGAAACGGAGCAAGGAAUAUUUGAACAGAUUGUAAAAGGGGAACUUGACUUAGUAUCCGAACCUUGGCCAGCUAUAUCAGAAAGUGCCAAAGAUCUAGUCAGAAAAAUGCUUGUGAGAGAUCCCAAAAAGCGGUUGACAGCUCACGAAGUUCUCUGUCACCCAUGGGUCCGUGUAGGUGGAGUUGCUCCAGAUAAGCCUCUUGAUUCUGCUGUUCUUUCUCGUCUGAAUCAAUUUUCUGCAAUGAAUAAAUUAAAGAAGAUAGCAAUCAGAGUUAUUGCUGAAAAUCUAUCUGGAGAGGAAAUUGCGGGAUUAAAGCAAAUGUUCAAAAUGAUAGACGCAGAUAACAGUGGACAUAUUACGCUGGAGGAACUGAAAAAGGGUUUAGAAAAAGUUGGUUCCAAACUUAAGGAUUCAGAAAUAAACAGUUUAAUGCAAGCGGCAGAUAUGGAUAAUAGUGGUACCAUUGACUAUGGCGAGUUUAUCGCUGCUAUGCUCCAUCUAAACAAAGUCCAGAAGGAGGAUCACAUGUAUGCCGCUUUUUCAUAUUUUGAUCAAGAUGGUAGUGGAUAUAUCACACAAGAAGAGCUCCAACAGGCUUGUGAGAAGUUUGGUUUGAGCAAUAUUCCCAUGGAAGAACUUAUGCGUGAAGUUGAUCAGGAUAAUGAUGGGCGCAUUGACUACAAUGAAUUUGUAGCAAUGAUGCAGGAUACUGGUUUUGGCAAGAAUGGUAACAAGAGAGUGUGAGCAUUGGCAUCCCAGAGGCCUUAGAACCUAGCUUGCUUGGCCCUUUGAUCACAAAACUACUGCAGAUACCGUGGAAGCAGAUUAGAACCUGUGUUUCAUUCACUCUUCAGUGUUUCUGCUUUGCAUAAAAAAUGCAUUUUCUGCAGAAGUAAUGCGUGAGUCCAAGUUCAAUGCUAUUCUUCUUACCUUUAGGCGU